AUGGCAGAUACAGACAGUCAGCAUGAAGUGGAGGUCGUGCAACCUGAGAGUAAGGCUGCGAAGGUGUCUUCGAAGGGGAAAGAUCCGAAGCACCGCGAUUGGCUCCAAGACCAUGAAAAUCGACUCGAGGAGUUGGAACAGUCCGACCUCGAGGAGCGCAUGACGGUAGAGUGGUCGAAGCUGGCGGAACAGAUAGAAUCUUUGAGGGGAGAGAUCCAUUUCCUCAAAGAGGGCCAACAGAUCUUCCAUUCGUUGUUGCAGGGUGGAACGCAUGGUUCUAAGGCAACUCGAGUUGGAACUUAUGACGGUGAGCGCGACGAUAAGGCACUUGAUAAUUUCUUCUGGGAUGUUGAGGAGUACCUGUCGUGUGCACCGAAGAUGUCUGAUGAGGCACAGGUCAAGGAUAUUGCAACAUACCUUACCGGCAGUGCGAAGCUGUGGUGGCGAACGCAUCAGGCAGAUGAACGCGCUGGGAAGACGGUAAAACUGAUCAAGUCCUGGGCUGACUUGAAGGCAGCGCUUUAUGAUCAAUUCCGACCUGGGAACUCGGAUUGGAUCAUUCGAUCCAGGUUCGAUGAACUCAAGCAUACUGGCACCAUACAGGAGUAUGUCAAGGCAUUUCAAGUGUUGGAUUUGGAAUGCACCAAGUUGAGCGACUUCGAGAAGUUAUUCCUCUUCACCAAGGGUCUGCAACCCUGGGCGAAGGAUGAGCUGAGGAGACAAAAAGUUCAGACUUUGGCCGAGGCGAUCACAGUUGCGGAUGGGCUACUCGACUAUAAGGGCGAUGCAGCUAGCGGCUUUGGUGUAGCUCGAAUGGACUACAAGAAGAACUUCCGUCGGAAGGAGAAGAAGGGAGGCGGACCUCCUUCUGAUCAUAACGGCGAGUUCAGGAAAAAGAAACCGAAGAAGUCGAAUGGAGAAGGCAACCCGAAGAAGAAAGAUCACGCACAGACUGAGAAGAAGAAGGAACGUGAUCCAGGGUGCUUCAUCUGUGGCAAAGAUGAUCACUGGGCACGGAGUUGUCUAGACCGGAGUAGGAUCAACGCGCUGUUGUUCGAGGAGAAGAAGUUGCCCGCAAUGAGCACCUUGCAACUCCUCAAUGCAGUGCAGCAUUCUACCGAAGUGGCCGAUAAGCACGAGUUGUGUUUUGUGGAGACUUUCUUUGGCAACAAGAAGGUGCUAGCUAUGGUGGACUCAGGCGCCACUUACAACUACAUCUCCGCAUGCCGAGCGAGGAAGCUUAGACUCAAGAUCGAGCCCACUUCGAAUCAGUUCAAGGCGGUGACCGCACCCGCGCAGCAGGUGAGCGGUGAGAUCCAUAAGGAAGUCAUCCAAGUUAGAUCGUGGCAGGGUGUGCUUGAUUUAAUCGCCAUUGGGAUGAAUGAGUUCGACCUCAUACUCGGGCAGGAGUUCUUGAGGUCGGCAUCAGCAGCUGUUGUGCCACACUUGGGCUGUUUGCUGAUAUUGGAUCCGAGCAGACCGAGUAUGGUUCCGAUGAUGAAGAGCGUAGAACAGGACCUCCUGUUGAAUGCGCUUAGUGCUAAGCAGGUCGGCAAGGGAAGGCGGGAGGAGUUCUUUUUGGCCACACUGAUUGGAGAUUGGGAUGAAGGAGAGUCGUCAGGACCCUCUAACACCUCGGCGAUCCAGGAAGUGUUGUCCGAGUUUGCGGAUGUUAUGCCAGACCAGCUCCCAGCUGUGUUGCCACCGAGGAGGCACGUUGAUCACAGGAUCGAACUGGAGUCAGGAGCAAGACCACCAGCGAAGGCUCCUUAUCGACUCUCUGCACCGGAGAUGGAGGAGUUGAGGAAGCAGCUGGCAGAGCUCGCUGAGGCGGGGUACUUGCGUCCCUCCAGAUCACCUUAUGCUGCUCCAGUAUUGUUCCAGCGCAAGAAGGAUGGAAGCCUUCGGAUGUGUGUGGACUAUCGAGCUUUGAACAAGCUCACCAUCAAGAACAAGUAUCCGUUACCUCUCAUAGCGGAUAGCUUUGAUCGACUGGUCGAUGCAAGAGUGUUCACCAAGUUGGACCUGAGGCAGGGUUACUAUCAGAUCAGGAUCGCGCCAAGUGAUGAGGAGAACACCGCAAUCACGACGAGGUAUGGUAGCUAUGAAUUUUUGGUCAUGCCUUUUGGUCUCACUAACGCUCCUGCAACCUUCAGCACCUUGAUGAACGAUGUGUUUCGCUCAUUGUUGGACAAGUGCGUUGUUGUGUAUCUGGAUGAAAUUUUGGUAUAUAGUUGA